AAUCGUCCCGAUGCGACUUCACCUGGAUUGUGCGAUCUAGUGAAACUAGACCGUUGUCAUUUUUGGCAUACGCUAACGAGUGCAGUUUUUGAGCUGUGCAGUGGUUUCUAUAUGACGAUGACAUUCCAAACGACGAUUGGCUGUCAGUUGGAGUCGAAAGUAUUCCCACCCUUCGCUUCGUCUGGAACGACGGCUACCGACUUCGAAUCAGAUCUCAUCAGACUCGACCUGUAUCGAUAUCAAUACGGCCAUUGAGUGAUGCGAGCGUGAUAUUCCAUCGCUCCCGGUGCUCCGCGGUGUCCCUGCGACGCCGAGAGCCGCGCCCGUAUCGACCGUCCAGUGCAUCCGACGAGAUAAAUCCAUAGUUUUGUGUGACUGGAAGUGAUAAGCGCUGAAAAGAAAUCAUAAUAAUAUAACAAAGGAUUUUAAUAAUAUUAAAAAUUCACGCACAUCGUAUUAGUUGUAACACAGUGUAUAAUAAUAGUAGUGCAGUUCGCGAGUGAUGAGUGUGGUGAGAUGAAGUCCUUGGAGCUGGUUUAGAGGAGCGGGUGCCUUUGUGUUGCGCAGCUGUAGAUGUGCAGCCUGGCAGCGCUGGCGCGCGGCUGCCGGCCCGCUGCCAAGCCGUGCUGCCUCUGCUGGUGCUGCUGCUGCUCCUGCUCCUGCGUUGUAAGUGUGUGCGCGCGCAGGUUGGCGGCGCGUAGUUCCGAGAGCGGGCCCGGGAAGAAGCCGCGCGACGCCGGGCCGCACGAGCCACUGCUGCUCGACGGAGAUGCGCCACCCACACUAGAAGAGAUACAGAGCUGGGGUCAAUCUUUCGAUCGCCUCAUGCGUAGCGCAGCGGGCCGCAAAGUGUUCCGCGACUUCCUGCGCGGCGAGUACUCGGAGGAGAACAUCAUGUUCUGGCUCGCGUGUGAGGAACUCAAGCGCGAGGCCGACUCGAAAACCGUUGAAGAUAAGGCGCGCUUAAUCUACGAGGUUUACAUUUCUAUACUCUCACCAAAGGAGGUAUCACUCGACUCACGCGUACGCGAAAUCGUCAACCGCAACAUGGCGGAGCCGACGCCGCACACGUUCGACGAGGCGCAGCUGCAGAUCUACACGCUAAUGCACCGCGACUCGUACCCGCGCUUCGUCAACUCGCCGUUGUACAGAACGCUGGCGCGCAUGUCGGUCGGCUCGCCCGGCGCUACGUCACCCGCGCCCGCGCCGCCCGUCGACAAGUGACGGCGGCGCCGCCUCGUGCGGUAGAGACACCGCGUGUCUUUUAUUAUGUAAAUAGUCUCGAUAUAUAAUAAUAUAAUUAAACGGGUACUAAUUUUGUACAUAGGUAGGUUAAGCGUAAGAGUAGGUGAGGCGCGCGCGGCCACCGCCGCGGCAACUUCGCUGGUCCACCGCCGCCUGCGCCCCGCUCUCCGACCCGUCGUACCCCUCCCAUCCACUCCUCUCCCAUCCUACACGCCCCUCCUCGUCCUUGCCUCUUGCCCGUCGCCCUUGGUCGUCGUACCCUCUUCCCGUUCCCAUAACUGCACGGCGCAAAGAAGCGUCUUUUAGUUAGAAGCAAUAAAGGUGGACCAAUUAAGUUUGCCAGAGAGUCAACGAAUAAAUCUGUUCAUGUAAA